AAGAAGGUCUCUUGCUUCUCAUCUCCCUUUUCUAGUUUUCUUCUACUCUCUGAGCGGCGAAGGGAAAAGAGAUAAAAAUUUCGUAAAAUUAGGAAAAAAUGGCUGCUUGGAAUUCUAUAUACCUUGAGGUCACCUACCAGGUUUUUGGAUGGAUCGCCUUCUUCUCAUGGUCUUUUAGCUUCUACCCUCAAGUCAUACUCAAUUACAGGCGAAAAAGUGUGGUUGGGCUGAACUUUGAUUUCUUGGUGCUCAACAUGACGAAGCACUCGUCGUAUCUUAUAUACAAUGCGGCGAUGUUCUUCAGCCCCACAAUUCAGAGGCAGUAUCAUGAGAAGUACGGAUUUCAAGAGAUGAUUCCUGUGGCUGCAAAUGAUGUCGCUUUUUCAGUGCAUGCUGUUGCAUUGACAGCUUUUACUUUAUUCCAAGUUUUAAUCUAUGAACGUGGAACUCAGAAGGUCUCGAAAACUUGCACUGGAAUCACUACAGCUGUUCUGGCUUCUGCUGUGGUCUGUCUGAUCAUAGCCUGGCCAAAGCAUUCAUGGCUCUGGCUCAUUUCCGUGUUCAACACAAUACAAGUUAUCAUGACAGCGAUCAAGUACAUACCACAGGCCAUAAUGAACUUUAGGCGCAAGAGCACGGUUGGCUGGAGCAUUGGCAACAUUUUACUUGAUUUAGUGGGAGGCAUCCUGAACUUUGGUCAGCUGGGUGUACAAUCUAUAGACCAGGAUACAUGGGUAAACUUCUAUGGUAACAUUGGGAAAACACUGCUUUCAUUGGAAGUUGUAUUUUUCGACCUUCUCUUUAUCUUUCAGCACUAUGUGCUCUACCCUGCCAAUAAAGAAGAAAGAAAUCAGGCAAUUAUGCAAGAGAGUGUCGCCCCACUUAUCAAGCCUCCGGACGAGCCUCAAUCAACAUUGGUAUAAGGGGAUAUAUUGCCCUUCCUUCUCUAUUGUCUUUUUUUUUUUUUUUGUGAAUAGAAUGGAGGCCAAAAUCCCAGAAUAAAAAUAUCUUGGCAUCUGAUAUGGUAAACUACUCUUGUGGUUAUAUCUAUAUAUCAUUAGAUAGGAUUUCUUAUUUGCAACACAGGAUUCAGGUGAUGAUAAAUAUAUUAAUACGAGCGUUACACCGUUAUAUGAAGUUGUAAUGCAUGAAUGCUGUUCUGUAUA